AUUGUUUUUUUUAACAUACUUUUCACCAUCUGAUUCUACCUGGACCUUUAUUUCUCUUUUCCUUCUUACAUGGAAUAAGUAUUGGUUUCCAAUUCCAGUUUUCUUCUUCUAAUCAAAUUCUAGUCUUGAUCAAUUAGUCAAAAGGUGUCCACGCUAAUGAAGAGAAAGGAUUUUAAAUUCAGAAUGGGGCUGAUUGUCAAAGGAAAAGGUUUCUUUGAUUUUGCUUCUUUGGAAAAUGUCAUAAAUUAUACAAAUAUUUCAUCAUUACCUCAUUCUGUUGGAUCUCUAAUCAUAAAUAAUUUAGGAGUGAAGCAUCUAGAAUUGUCAAAAAUUCCCCUUGCAAGUUGGUUUAUUGAAUAACAAACAUAUAUACUAACAAUGUGGAAGAUUAUAACAUCAAUAUUAGCAUAUAGAAAGAGUUAUUCAAAGGAAAAGAAAAAAAAAAAAAAAUAGCAUCAUGGCGGUAUGAAAGAAAGAGUGAAAGAUGCACAGUUGUUGGUGAAUGAAUUUCCAGGAAACAAAAGCGUUGACGGAGUGAGUAUUUCAAGCGUUGCCAUGGGAAAGCCCAUUUCAUUAAGGAAUCAAGUCCUGGUAUUCACAUUCACAUGGCUUAAUGCUUGGGUCGUCGUGGUCCUUUUGGUUUUAUUAAUAUAUUUAAAUCAAACGUAUCCAACCAAAUCUCUCUUCGUCUUCUAGGUUCUGGGUGGAGUGCAUUUUUCAUUCGUUCACAUUUCUUUUUUCCACAACAAAUGGAAUGAAUGACACUGUGAUGUCUCCAUCUCUUCCACUCGAGUCAAAGACCGACCGAUGGGCGAUGCUCUCUGGCACUACCCAAACUUUGCUCUCUGGCACUACCCAACCUUUCUCAUACCAUAUUCACACAAUUACUUCCAUUGCUACCACUUCCGUCCAACCUCGACUACCGGCACCAGCCAAAGACCACGCCAACAGAUCAGUCGCACUUUUGAAUCUUGACUUCAAGUCUAACACUUCCGGUCGGAAUUGCACAUUAAUUUGGAAUUUUUUAAAACAAUAAAAGAUAAUUUGAACAUUUUAUUAUCUUUGGAUGUAAUAAAAUAAUUACGAAUAUAAUAAAUCAAUUUUUAAGACCACCUUAUAAAAUCACGGAAAAUUAUGUCUAGAAGAAGAUGCAGAAACAGUUAUUUUGGGAUCACCAUGACUUUAGAUGAACGCACGCAAACGUAUGUAGAUGAACCAAGUACGGGACGCAAUUCCGAGUGCAAAAAGGCGACUUUUCCCACUUGCAAUUUUGCAAGUCUUCCAACUCGACUCGGUCAAACAAGUGUCUGCAUUUAUGGGAGCACUCUCUCCCACUCUUUCCCCCUCCAGUAUCGAACAACCCCCACCUCUUCCUCCUCGUGCUCUUCUUUCUUUUCUGCUACUGUACAAGAAAGCUCCAAGCUAGAGAGAGAGAGAGAGUGAGAGAUGGGUUAUGCUAAGGUGCUUCUGGGUUUGCUCUUAGUCACUGCUCUGGCGGCCACAUCGACGACACAGACGAAGCUCAAGUGCAGCAAAGAAGGCGCUAAGUGUACCGCCCUGAUCGAGUACGUGUCCCCGAACAACACCAACAUCACCACCAUCCAAUCACUCUUCCAAGUGAAGAAGUUCCGGAACCUCCUCGGCGCAAACAACUUCCCCACCUCCAUCCCAUCCGACAAAAAUGUGAACGCGGCGGAGAAGAUUCGAAUCCCCUUCACCUGCCUGUGCGCCAACGGGACGGGCGUGUCGAAUCGAAAACCGGUAUACAAGGUGCAGGAAGGCGACUUCAUGUACCAUAUCGCCAAGGAAGUGUUCUCGGGUCUGGUAACGUACCAGCAAAUAGCGGAAUUCAAUGGGGUGAUGGAUCCGAGCCUGAUUAAUCCGGGCCAGGAGCUGUGGAUCCCACUGCCGUGCAGCUGCGAUGAAGUGAACGGGAUUAAGGUCGUACAUUAUGGAAUGUUGGUGGAUGCAGGAAGCACGGUGGAGGGGAUAGCGGAGCAGUACGGGACUACUUCGGGUACACUUUUGACACUCAAUAACAUGACUGAUCCUAGCGAGCUUCUGGCCGGUCAAGUCCUUGACAUUCCUCUGCCAGCUUGUUCAUCACAUGUAAGCAAUAACUCCUUGGACUACCCCUUCCUUCUUGCCAAUGGCACUUAUGUCUACACUGCUUCCAACUGUGUGAAGUGCAAAUGUGACUCAGCCAACAACUAUACACUGCAAUGUGAGCCUUCUGGACUCAAAUCAACCAACUCCGACUGGACUACAUGCCCUGUCAUGCAAUGUCAAGGUGCAGACGGUCUAUUCAUCGGUAACAAAACAUCUUCCGGUUGUAACCAAACAAGUUGCGUCUAUUCAGGUUUCACUAGCCAAACCAUUUUGACAUCCCUUGUCACAGAGUCCAUUUGUCCAGUUCCUUCUUCUCCUCCUGCUCCUUCUGCUGCUCCUGCUCCUUCUGCUCCUUAUGUUCCUUCUGCUCCUUAUGCUCCUUCAGCUGUUCCUGCUCCUCCUGCUCCUUCUGCUGCUUGGAGGAUUGGUUUUCAAGGUUUGGGAUGGAACUUCUUCCUUUUCAUCUCAAUUCAGUUGAUCUUCCUUUCUCUUCAUCUUUUUCAGUAAGAUGUAUGUAUUGUCUACGCUUUCAUCAACUUCCUGUACGAGUAUAUAAGCUGACAAUUGUAAUGUGGAGUACCUGUUUUGGCUGAAUUUUGGUGUAUCAGAAUAAACAUAUUCCAUCAGGCAGCAGAUAAUUGAAGAUUUUUUCGAUCGGA